AUGCUGCGGGAGACGCGCGAGGGGCAGGUCACCGCCGUCACCAGCGCCCUGUGUGCGGCUUCUGUCCACUGUCAAGUUGAACCUGUGGGAAGAUGGUUUGAAGCGUUUAUUAAGAGGAGAAACGUAAAUGUUUCUGCCUCUUUCCAGGAGUUGGAGGAUGAGAAAGAGCUGUCUGAAGAGUCCGGGGAUGAAGAACUACAGCUUGAAGAAUUUCCUAUGCUUAAAACACUCGAUCCAAAGGACUGGAAGAAUCAAGAUCAUUAUGCAGUACUUGGACUGGGACACAUAAGAUACAGGGCCACUCAGAAACAAAUCAAAGCAGCCCAUAAAGCCAUGGUUUUGAAGCAUCAUCCUGACAAGCGGAAAGCUGCAGGGGAGCAGAUUGGUGAAGGUGACAAUGACUAUUUUACCUGCAUAACAAAAGCGUAUGAAAUAUUGUCAGAUCCUGUGAAAAGACGAGCAUUUAACAGCAUAGAUCCUAUUUUUGAUAAUUCGGUACCUUCUAAAAGUGAAGCAAAAGAGAAUUUCUUUGAAGUUUUUUCACCAGUGUUUGAAAGGAAUGCCAGAUGGUCAAAUAAGAAAAGUGUUCCUAAACUUGGGGACAUGAACUCAUCAUUUGAAGAGGUUGAUGCAUUUUAUUCAUUCUGGUAUAAUUUUGAUUCAUGGAGAGAGUUUUCCUAUUUAGAUGAAGAGGAAAAAGAAAAGGCUGAAUGUCGAGAUGAGAGGAGGUGGAUUGAAAAGCAGAACAGAGCUGCCAGAGCACUGAGGAAAAAAGAAGAGAUGAACAGGAUAAGGACACUGGUUGACAAUGCCUACAGCUGUGAUCCUCGAAUAAAGAAAUUCAAGGAAGAGGAAAAGGCAAAGAAGGAAGCAGAGAAGAAGGCAAAAGUAGAAGCAAAACGAAAAGAACAGGAAGCAAAGGAGAAACAAAGACAAGCCGAGUUAGAAGCAGCACGGUUAGCUAAGGAAAAGGAAGAGGAAGAAGUCAGACAACAAGCACUACUAGCAAAAAAAGAGAAAGAAAUACAAAAAAAAGCAAUUAAGAAGGAAAGGCAAAAAUUAAGAACAACAUGCAAGAACUGGAAUUACUUCUCUGAUAAUGAGGCAGAGUGUGUUAAAAUGAUGGAAGAGGUGGAAAAGCUUUGUGACCGUCUUGAACUAACAAGUCUGCAAUACUUGAAUGAAGCACUUACAUCCACGACAAGGGAAGGAGGAAAGGCUGCUGUAGUUAAACAGAAAAAUAAGCUGGCAUUUGAACACAUUUGGUGCCUUGAAUGUAAAAAGGUUGCGAACCACUGCCCCAUAGCCUGGUGUCUAAGGCUGCAGGAUGUGAGCUUUGUUGGUUCAGGUCCUCUCAGGCAGAGGAAGGAUUUGAACUACAGUCUCCCACUACCUGGGUUCCUGAGUCCUUUUGUGGAUCUAGCUCCAAGUGUGAGCAGUCAGUCUAGGCCUCCCCAUAAGAUAGAAGAAGUAAAUGAGCACAUAAGGCGAGAGAAAGAAGAGGCAGAGGCUCGUAUACGCCAGGCAUCAAAGAGUUCAGAGAGGUCAACGAGCAGUGGUGGAGGGGGGAGUAAAAACUGGUCAGAAGACGACUUGCAGUUACUGAUUAAAGCUGUGAACCUCUUCCCAGCUGGGACAAAUUCAAGGUGGGAAGUUAUUGCCAAUUAUAUGAACUUGCACUCUACUACUGGAAUAAAACGCACAGCAAAAGAUGUCAUCAAUAAAGCAAAGAGCCUCCAGAAACUUGACCCUCAUCAGAAGGAUGACAUAAACAAGAAGGCUUUUGAUAAGUUUAAAAAGGACCAUGGAGCAGUGCCUCAGCUGGACAAUGCUGCACCUUCAGAGCGGUUUGAAGGACCACUCACAGAUUCAUCCCCUUGGACUACAGAAGAACAAAAACUUUUAGAACAAGCUCUGAAGACAUAUCCAGUAAAUACGCCUGAAAGGUGGGAGAAAAUAGCAGCUGCUGUCCCAGGCCGGUCAAAAAAAGACUGCAUGAAGCGAUAUAAGGAACUUGUUGAAAUGGUUAAAGCAAAGAAAGCAGCCCAAGAACAAGUGUUGAAUGCUACUAAAGCCAAGAAAUGACUCUUACUGACAAUCUUUGUUUUCUGUUUUAUAAUAAAAUGCAAAUACUGUA